CAAAUGUGCUGGCUCUUUACCUUGACAUUUUAUGCCCUUUUGAGAGUUGACAUUUGAAAUUUUCGACCUACUCUUUAGUCUACUGUUCAAGAUGGCUCUGAAAGCACUUGUCGGACAAAAGAUUAUGAAUGAGGUGAUCCGCUACCGCGGACCCAAAGGCAAGGAGUCACAACGCAUAGAAUGGAGGGUUCUCAUUGUGGAUCAGCUUUCUAUGCGCAUGGUGUCUGCAUGCUGCAAAAUGCAUGAUAUCUCUGCAGAAGGAAUUACAUUGGUUGAAGAUAUACACAAGAAACGUGAGCCACUGUGCACCAUGGACGGCAUCUAUCUCAUCACACCAUCAGAGAAAUCUGUUCAUGCACUGAUCAACGACUUUUCCGUCGGAAAUCGCAUCAUGUACAAAGCUGCUCACGUGUUUUUUACUGAAGCUUGUCCUGAUGUUCUGUUUGAUGAGUUGUCGCGUAGUCGAGUAUCUAAAUAUAUCAAAACAUUAAAGGAAAUUAACAUUGCAUACAUACCAUAUGAACAGCAGGUGUUCUCUCUGGACUCGCCUGAGACUUUCCAAUGCAUGUAUAACCCGGCGCUAGCUCAGACGCGCAACGCGAACAUGGAGCGUAUCGCCGAACAGAUCGCCACGCUGUGCGCCACGCUCGGAGAAUAUCCCUCCGUGCGAUAUCGCAGUGAUUGGGAACGGAAUGUGGAGCUAGCUCAACUUAUCCAACAAAAGCUAGAUGCCUACAAGGCUGAUGAACCUACAAUGGGUGAAGGUCCAGAGAAGGCUCGAUCUCAACUCCUGGUGUUGGACCGCGGCUUCGACUGCGUGUCGCCCUUGUUACAUGAACUCACUCUGCAAGCCAUGGCCUAUGAUCUGCUGCCGAUUGAAAAUGACGUCUACAAGUACGAGGCGUCCCAAGGCCAGUUGAAGGAGGUACUGCUGGAUGAGAACGACGAGCUGUGGGUGGAGCUCCGACACCAGCACAUCGCCGUCGUGUCUACGUCCGUCACGAAAAACCUCAAGAAAUUCACCGAAUCUAAACGCAUGGGCGGAGGUGACAAACAAUCUAUGCGCGAUCUAUCGCAAAUGAUCAAAAAAAUGCCUCAAUAUCAAAAGGAACUGUCUAAAUACGCCACGCACUUACGCCUCGCUGAAGACUGCAUGAAAUCAUACCAGGGGUACGUCGAUAAACUCUGCAAAGUUGAACAGGAUCUAGCUAUGGGUACUGACGCUGAAGGCGAAAAAAUUAAAGAUCACAUGAGAAGCAUUGUGCCUGUGCUGCUCGAUCAGAAUGUGGUGAACUUCAACAAGAUGCGCAUCAUAGCUCUAUACAUCAUGGCCAAGAACGGCAUCUCGGAGGAGAACCUCAACAAGCUGGUGACGCAUGCGCAACUUGAGCCCUCCGACAAGCAGACAUUGCUCAACCUCGCCAACCUGGGGCUCAACGUGGUCGUCGAUGGUAACAGAAAGAAGCAAUAUCAGGUGCCAAGGAAGGAAAGAAUUACAGAACAGACAUAUCAAAUGUCUCGAUGGACUCCUGUUAUCAAGGAUAUCAUGGAGGACGCCAUUGAUGAUAAACUAGAUCAACGUCACUUCCCCUUCUUGGCUGGACGAGCACAGACCUCUGGCUAUCAAGCACCAACCAGCGUUCGUUAUGGCCAUUGGCACAAGGACAAGGCGCAGCAGACCAUCAAAAAUGUUCCGCGUUUAAUUGUCUUCGUUGUUGGAGGCGUUUGUUUCUCCGAGAUCCGCUGCGCGUACGAGGUGACGGCGGCUCUGAAGAACUGGGAGGUGAUCAUCGGCUCCUCGCACAUCCUCACGCCGGACAACUUCCUCUCCGACCUCAGCUCUCUCACGGCCUAAACCGACACUACUGUGGCUGCGGAUUAUCGAAACAAGUCGUUUGCGUAUGGAGUCAUGAGUACAUUAUUUGGAUUUGUUGACCAACCAGUAACGGAUAUAUUUAGAACUGCAUACCAAACAAACGACGUAUCGGUAAUAUUGCCAUAAAGUAUUUUUCCUUAUUCUACAUACUUAUAGAACUUAGCAGUUACAUUAGCUUGUACUGUGAUUUAAUUUGAUUUCGCAAUACGCAGUGUUACUUAAAACUGUUCAGCGGUAAGACAUACCAAUAUUAGUUGUUUCUGAAAAAAAAAAAUAGCAAUAGUUACACUCAAUAGACACAUAGCAGUUGUUUAAAAUGUAAUGUUGUAUUAAUUAUGUAAUGCCUAGCAAAUUUUAAUCUUUAAAAUAAGAGUACCGAAACGUAUAAUUUAUGGGCGCCUUACUUUAUUUUAUUUGCUAAUUGGGACAUGAAAUUUUCAAUUUAAGGUAUUGAAUAUAUUGUUAUCUUUAUUGUGAUACUAAAAGUACGCAUAAAAUUUUAUAUAUUUAUUAUGUGAUAAUACUUAAUGCCACAAAGGCAGGUUAUUUGUAAUUAUAUAUUUUUCAUGCAGGGCUGAUAUCAAUAUACGACCCGAAUUGCUAUCUUCGAAACAAUGGAAAUGAACCAAUUAGACUAAAGUUGAUUUAAGUGUGUUUGAAUAAAUCAUAGUAAUGGCUUCAUUUUAUUGGUUUAUUUUUGUGCUCGAUUCGAAGAUACCGAUUAGCAACGCUUAUUUGAUUUCGACCGUACCACUAACUAAAUGGCAACAUUUGCAAAUAGUACGGAAGAGUAUUUAAUUUUAGUAUAACAAGUAUUGUUAAUGUUUCUUUCCAAAGAUGUUACAUAAACUAAACAAUGGAUAGCACUUCGGUAUGGCCAGUCUACAGUACAACUUUGUGUUGUGUUAACCAGACACAACCUGUGUACAAUGAGGUAUAUUUUACACCAUAUUCCAACUUCUAACUGAAUUGAAUAGAAAAACUUUCAGAUGUAGGGCAUCAAAUAUAGUUAUAAAAAUGUGCCUCAUUUUCAUUACAUCUGUGCUAAAGUGUGUAAUCCGUGGGUUAGUUUGUCAAAAGUAUAGUGCCUAGUAUUAUCUUUAAGAACAUUGUGUUUUGUUAUUUACAUAAAUAUUUAUAUUAAAGUUUUCUUUAUUCUAUUUAUUGAAUGUUAAUAUUUAAAAAUAUACUGUUGUAUCAUCAUAAUUAUAUAAUCGUCGAAGAAUGUAUUAAAGGAUUAAAGUUUUUUUUUUAGGUAAAAGGAACGACUUAUAAGAAGGAUGUGUGUCGAAUGAAAGGAAUGCUUUUUCGUUUUCUUUAACGCCAAAUGCCUAUAUUUACAAACGAAUAAGCAAAAUAAUAUGUAUGUGGGUGCAGUAAGAACACAUCUAUCACAUAAGAAGCUAAGUGACGUAUUGCAUUGAAGACAUUGUGUCGCUCGUAGUUUUUGAAUCGCUAGUUCUCCUGACUAUUCUCUAGUACUAAAAUGUUAAUCAUAUGCGUGUUAAAAACCUUUUCACUAACAGUGUUUUUGUUUACAUUCCAAUGUGUGUUGUGUUCUACUAGCGUGGAAUACUAAUGUUUGUGUCAUCUACUAAUUACAAUUUACAACACAUUUCUGAAAUACCUUUUUAAAUUUAAUGGUAUGUAAUUAACUUUAGAGUAAUGUAAUACUUAGGUAUAUUCAUUUAAAUAUAAUAGAAGCUUGAGAUAAAGAAUGUCAAACAGUUUGGGUGAUAACAAUCAAAUAGCAAUACAUUGUAGCGAUCAAGUAAAGAAAUCGAUGUGUGUUCCAUCUAGAGUGUUUAAUGUACCUGUAUCAACCGAUCGUGCAAUUAUGUAGGUAAUAUCAUAGUGUAAUAAUCUUAACAUUUUGUCAGUAUUCUAUUGUUAAAUUUCAUUAAAUUAUUUAAUGGGUGUAA